AAUUGAAUUGGGAAUGCCUCUCUUACCGAAAAGCGACUCGAUCCUAAUUCGGGAAGUGUGGAACGACAAUCUCUACGAGGAGUUUGAAUUGAUACACAAAAUUGUGGACGACUAUCCUUAUGUCGCCAUGGACACCGAGUUCCCCGGCAUUGUUCUUCGCCCCGUCGGCAACUUCAAGAACAGCUACGACUACCAUUACCAGACCUUGAAGGACAACGUAGACAUGCUCAAGUUGAUUCAGUUGGGUCUUACGUUUUCGGACGAGGAAGGGAACUUGCCCACGUGUGGGACUGAUCAGCAGUGUAUCUGGCAGUUCAAUUUCCGGGAAUUCAAUCUCAACGAGGAUGUUUUUGCGAAUGAUUCGAUCGAGCUGUUGCGACAGAGCGGAAUUGAUUUCAAGAAGAACAAUGAAAAAGGUAUUGAUGCAAAGUUGUUUGGGGAGCUGUUGAUGUCGUCGGGGAUUGUGUUGAAUGAUAAUGUGCAUUGGGUUACUUUCCAUAGUGGAUAUGAUUUCGGGUACUUGCUUAAGGUCUUGACGUGCCAGAAUUUGCCUGAUACGCAAGUGGGGUUCUUUAACUUGAUCAAUAUAUACUUUCCGACGAUAUAUGAUAUCAAGCAUCUGAUGAAGUUUUGCAAUAGCCUUCAUGGGGGACUGAACAAGCUCGCCGAGCUGUUGGAAGUGGAGAGAGUUGGGAUUUGUCACCAGGCAGGUUCCGAUAGUUUGCUCACUUCUUGUACAUUCAGAAAGUUGAAAGAGAAUUUCUUUAGUGGUUCUUUGGACAAGUAUGCUGGUGUCUUGUAUGGUUUAGGUGUUGAGAAUGGACAGAGCACUCAUUAGAAAAAGUAUUUAUUAGGAAAAAAAAUUUAGAAGCCUGUUUCUUAACUGUAUGUCUGUGCAUGAUAAUAUUCAUGCACACUUUUUGGCAGCAAGUUAAUUGAUGAAUACAAUAUAUUUUUAAUGAUGAGUUGAUAA